AUGAUAACCACUGAUGGGAAUAGAAAUAAUAUGGUAAGUUGUAGUAAUUCCCGUAAUGCUUCUUCAAGACUUGCAUCUGCUGCAGUGUCAGGCAAUAGACCAGGUUCGAUUGAAAAAUAUAAACAAGGGACGAUCUUAACUGUUGGGAUAAGAAGAAUUGAAAUUUUGAAGUAUUUAACAGAAGGUGGCUUUGCUCAAAUUUAUACCGUCAGAUUCAUUGAAUAUUUGAAUGAAUUCGAUAAUGACGAUGCAGAAAACGAUAAUAAUUCAAGGAAUCUGAAAAUUGGCGAUGUUGCAUGUUUGAAGAGAGUACUUGUUCCGGAUGAAAACGGUCUUAGUGAAAUGAGAAAUGAAGUUGAUGUAAUGAAAAAAUUGGUUAAUUGCCCUAAUAUUGUCCAAUAUUAUGAUUCAAAUGCGUCGAAGAUCAAAGAUAACAGUAAUAUCGACACAACAAAUAAUAAUGAUAAUAAUAAAAAUACAGAUUUAGGAUUUGAAAUCUUGUUACUGAUGGAAUAUUGUCCAAAUAAAUCAUUAUUGGAUUUUAUGAAUCAAAGAUUAACUACAAAAUUGACUGAGAAUGAAAUUUUAAAAGCAAUGACAGAUAUAACGACUGCAGUCUUGCAAAUGCAUUAUUUGGCACAACCUUUAAUUCACAGAGAUAUAAAGAUAGAAAAUGUUCUAGUGGAUUCAAAUAAUAACUUUAAACUGGCAGAUUUCGGUUCGACAACAAAAAUUCAACCACCAAUAACAACCCAUCAAGAUAUUGCAAUCCUGAAUAAAGAUAUCUAUAUGAAUACAACUCCACAAUAUAGAUCACCGGAAAUGAUUGAUUUAUAUAAAUGUUUACCUAUUGAUGAAAAAUCUGAUAUUUGGGCAUUAGGUGUCUUAUUGUAUAAAUUGCUAUUUUAUACAACUCCAUUUGAAUUGACUGGUCAAUUUGCAAUUUUGCACUCAAAAUAUGAAUUUCCUGCAAAUAAUUAUUCAUCAAAAUUCAUUAAUUUAAUUAUUAUCAUGUUGGCCGAAAACCCUAAUUUGAGACCUAAUAUUUUCCAAGUUUUAUAUUAUUUGAAAUCAAUAUCUAAUACUAUGAAUUCUAACAACAAUGAGGUUCAAAACACACAAGUACAGUUCCCAGAUAAAUAUGAACAAGGCCCAUAUAAUUUCGAGGUUUAUACUAAAUUUCAAACAAAUCUAACCAAUUUGAAUAACACAAUGAAUAGUAUACAAUUGAAAAAAUUUGAAAAUAACGGUAAAUUGGAUGUGAAUGAUAAUAUUUUACUGAAUAAAAUAUACAAUUCAACUUUCGAAGUUUCAACAAAAUUACCUUUGGAAUCAUCAACAGAAACUUCCAGAAUUAACAAUAGUUUAUACCAAGAGCUAGCCUCACCAAAUGGUAUUUAUAUGGAGCGUAUUUCUUCUGCAAUAUCAAAUGAUGAAAGAUUAUUCAAUAACAGUUCUUCAACCUCUAACUUAUCUGGCGCCAAAAUAGACGAACCCCCAAGCAAUGUCGCGGUCAACAAUAUAUAUCUACCUGUAACUGCACAAAGACAAAAAAGUCAAAGUUCAUUCUCCUCAAAUGGUGGUAAAUCUUCAAGAAGUAUUCCUAAAUCAGAUUACGUUUCAGAAGAGUUUUUAGCCAAUGAAAAAAACACUAAGUCUGACAACUUUACCAAGCAAUAUAAAUCAAAUAAUCCAUUCCCUCAACUAAAACAGAACAACAACGACAGUAACCUAAAUCAUGGCUCACAACAGAUGUUUAUCGAUGCUGAUUAUAUACCAAGUAAUGUCGACGCUCAGACGACGAAAAAUAAUAACAUACCAAAUGCUCAACAGAAGAAUAUUUCUCUCAAUACAAGGGUUCAACAACAGCCAAUGAAUAUUAUCUCUCCACAAUUCAAUAACAAACAAAUAUUUGAUUUUAAUACGCCAUUUUCGCCAAACGUUCCAGUUCAACGAAAAGGGCAAAAUAUAGCAUCAAACCAAGUUGAACAAAAUCCAAUACCAAACAUGUUAGGUUCUUAUAGUUAUUCCAACAAUCAACAACCAUUUUAUAAUACAUCAUCGGUUGCUGCAUCCUUACAACCUCAGAUCGAUGAAGACCCAAGAGAAAUAUCUGAUAAAGCGUUAAAAGCAAAAUCUCAAUCUACUGUAACCCCACCAAUUCCACCGCCUCCACGCCCAAAAGCUCAUAAAAUUAUAGACACACCUAGAAUAGAGGAGGAGAAAAAUGUGUAUUUGAGAGCUAAAAAAGAAACUCAUAAUAGUCAUCAACCUACUAACUCCACUUCUCCUAAAUUUAGAAAACCAUCACGAAAUGAUCUAGAAUUGACAUUGAAUGAAUUGCAUUUAACAGGCGAAACUAAUUCCAUCGAUACGCCUACAAGUGAAAAUACAAGACACUAUGAUUUUGAAGAUUCUAUUCUGUCAAGUGAGAGUAUUGAUAUCAAUUUGGAAGAUACUAAGAAAAAGAAAACAAGACAAAUUUUUAAUACCGACCAACUUCGAGGUCUCGAGGAGCAUGGUAAAGCCAAUGAACACCACCAGAGUAAAAAUCUGACAAAAAAAUAUCAUUCUAGUGAUUCCAAGAAUAAGAUUGACUCUUCAAAAGAGAACCACAAUGUAAGCCAUAAUAACAGCUCAACUAAUUUAGCAGUACCAGAGAAAAAAGUAGGCCGUCGUUCAUUGGAUCUUAAAUAUCAAGAAGUUCAUUUUUCUUCACCCGAUUUAUCAGGUGCUUCUAGGAAAAAGAAUGCAGGUCAAUCUCAACACAAUCACUUCCCAGUUUACGAAGGAAAUAAAAAGAUACAUAAAUCAAUUUACAAUGAAAGACAAAUGGACAACCAACACUCAUCUACAUAUAAUAAGCCAAACAGUUCAUAUGCCAAUUCACAGAUGCGUUCAUAUAAUCAACAAUCGAACAAUUCGAAUAAUAAUACGUCGUUAGCAAGAAGUAACACUCGAGCUAAUCAUGAUUUAGAAAGAUAUAAAGAAAAAAGCAGUAAUCAAAGCAAUUCUUCUAUAUCAUUAGGUGAUGUGAAAAAUUCGUUUUCUAGAGCUAGACAAUCUUUAGAUUUAGAAAGAAUGCGUCGUGAUAAUUUCCAGAAAACAACUGAAAGUGGUUCUAAAAGGCGUUCAUUUUUUUCUUCUGUAUUCUCGAAGAAGUGA